GUUUAAUCAUGUUCGUUUUUUAUGUGUGCGUUCCACCAUAAGAAAGUAUUGUGUUCUGAAAUGUUUGAGAAAAUAAUGGAUUGUAUUGGACUGUUCUUUUUUGUUGCCCAUCAUCGCGUGAGUGGAUGGGAAAUACUGCAAUUUUUUAAAACAGAUCCUUUGAAACAGAAUCAAUAUCACCUGGUACAGAUCUACAACAAAUGUACACAGCAGACUUCCUGAAAUAAUUGAAAGCACAUCUGUAGGAUGGCUUCAGAACAUGACAGAGCUGUCCUCCAAGCCAUUUUCAACCCCACAACGCCUGUUGGAGAUGUCCCCGGUUUGAACCAAGAGGAAGAACUUACAGACGAUGACAGAAGCUUUGAUGCCGAGCUGCUGAAACAGGUGAAAGAGCGAGAGAUGCAAGGCGUCUCUGCAGCAGAGGCUGGGGACCUACAAGCUGCUUUUGAACGAUUCAACCAAGCCAUCCUGAUGUUGCCCAAACGAGCGUCUGCCUACAACAACCGGGCACAAACUCGUCGUCUACAGGGAGACACGGCAGGUGCUAUUGAGGACCUGGAGCGUGCCAUCUCUUUGAGUGGUGGCAAAGGCCGAACUGCAUGCCAGGCUUUGGUGCAGAGAGGUCUGAUACUGAGGCUGGCACACCAGAAUGACAAAGCCAGAGAUGAUUUCGAGCGGGCAGCUGCAAUGGGGAGUGAAUUUGCCCGGCAACAGGCAGUGGUUCUUAAUCCAUAUGCUGCUCUGUGCAACCGCAUGCUGUCAGAGGUGAUUAACAAACUACGCAACCCUGAGGUGCCUGAGUAGAUUUCAGCAGAGCAUCCAUCUCUACCCCUAACCACACCCCACACCUGCACUUCAGAGCAAGCCAUAUUUCCUUUAAACAUUAAUUCAUCUUCAAUAAAUGUUUCAGUCUAUGUA